GUAAAAAUUUUACUGAUCGAAGAGAAGGCAUAUAAACCACAUAAAAUGUGUGAUUAAAUGGAUGUUACGAAUACCGGUAAAUGCUUGUGAUCUGUCUUGUUUAAAUAAAUACAUCCCAUCUCUGGUGUCGCCUAAGAAACUUUUUCUGAUCAGAGUUCGAAAUUCAUAACAAACAGAUAGUGGAGUUCCACUUGGUUUUACACAAGGAAAUGGAGAAAGACUCUGCCGUGGAUAGAAUAACACAAGCUUUAUCACGGCUAAAAUCGGACCUGGAGGAUAUACGGAAUCAAGAUGUAAAACUUAUGAAACAACUUUUGGCCAUUAAUAGUGUCAUAACAUCUAUCACAAAUCCAAGAACGAGAAAUCCUAUUGCAAGGAGUGCUACGUUUAGUUGUUCAGGAAAGAAACGCCCAACUCUCAAAUAUCUGAAGAAAAGAGCUCAUGAUGACGUAAUGUGUAAUCUCAGGAACCCAUUGGUUAGGUAUGGAAGUGAGCCUCUGGUUGUCGAUGACGAAAUAGACAACAAUAGUUCUGUCGACUCCAUGGAAGAUUUAAAUGCUGAAUCAACCCCCGCAUUUCCGCUAUCUUCAUCCUUCAGUGGAAGAGGAAGUGCUAUACCAUUGAUGGGUUCUUUGUUGGAGGAAGACGAACUUGAUGAUGCAAAGUAUCAUGGGAUUCUUAUGAAAAAUAUAAGACUGUGGAAGCAGUCAAAGAAAUUUUUGCAAAAUUCAAAAGCUUCAACCCCAGAUGUAAUCGAUAAAACAUAAAUUCAAUAUAAUCAAUUACGAAUAUGUGUAUUAAAUAAAAUGAAUAAUGAAGUUUGUUGCAAAUGUA